GGGAUCGAUCUUCGAUCAGGAAGAUGGCUGCUGGCUGGCUGCUGGUCUUUAGCCUGACACUUUUCCAGUCCCUGGUGAUGAACCACUCCUCGGAGGGACCGUUCCCUUCAGCCACCACGAUAAAAUCAUGGGUAGAUAAGAUGCAAGAAGAUCUCGUAACACUGGCACGAACUGCAAGCGGGGUGGAACAGCUUGCUAAGAUUUAUAAGGAUAACAAAGCGUUGUAUGAUGUAGAAGCAAACAACCCUCGUCAGCUAGUGGAAAUUGCAGCCAGAGACAUUGAAAAACUUCUAAGUAACAGGUCUAAAGCCUUAGUGCGUCUUGCUAAAGAAGCAGAGAAGUACCAAGCAUCACAUCAGUGGAGGGACGAGUUUGGGAAUAAUGAUAUAAUCUAUUACAAUGCAAAAGAUGAUCAGAAUGAUCCUGAAAAGAAUGACACUGAAUCUGGCAGCCAGAGAAUCAGACCGGUAUUUGAAGAUGAUCCUGUUUUCCGACGGCAAACGUCUUACCAACAUGCAGCAGUCCACAUACCAACAGAUAUUUAUGAAGGCUCAACCAUAGUGUUAAAUGAACUCAACUGGACGGCAGCAUUGGAUGAUGUGUUCAAGAGGAACAGAGAAGAAGACCCCACUUUAUUAUGGCAGGUUUUUGGCAGUGCAACUGGCCUCGCAAGGUAUUACCCAGCUUCCCCAUGGGUAGAUAAAAGCCGAACUCCUAACAAAAUAGAUCUGUAUGAUGUACGCAGAAGACCAUGGUAUAUCCAAGGAGCUGCAUCUCCCAAAGACAUGCUUAUUUUAGUUGAUGCGAGUGGGAGUGUCAGUGGAUUGACAUUGAAGCUGAUCCGCACCUCAGUCAUUGAGAUGUUAGAGACGUUGUCUGACGAUGACUUUGUGAAUGUAGUUUCAUUUAAUAAUAAUGCUCAGAACGUCAGUUGCUUUAAUCAUCUUGUCCAAGCUAAUGUGAGGAACAAGAAGAAACUGAAAGAAGCUGUCUAUAAAAUUUCUGCUAAAGGAAUUACAGAUUACAAAAAAGGCUUUAGCUACGCUUUUGAACAGCUGCUAAAUCACAGUGUCUCCAGAGCUAACUGCAAUAAGAUUAUUAUGUUGUUUACGGAUGGUGGUGAAGAAAGAGCGCAAGAAAUUUUUCAUAAAUAUAAUGAAGACAAAAAAGUACGUGUGUUCACAUUUUCUGUUGGUCAACAUAAUUACGACAAAGGACCCAUACAGUGGAUGGCCUGUGAAAAUAAAGGUUAUUAUUAUGAAAUUCCAUCUAUUGGAGCCAUAAGAAUAAACACCCAGGAAUAUCUGGAUGUUUUGGGAAGACCAAUGGUUUUAGCUGGAGAGAAAGCCAAACAAGUCCAAUGGACAAAUGUCUAUCUGGAUGCUCUGGAGCUGGGCCUUGUGAUUACAGGAACUCUACCCGUCUUCAAUCUAACAAGGGAACAAAAUGGGAAAAUUAAUCAACUGAUUCUUGGAGUAAUGGGGGUCGAUGUCUCUUUGGAAGACAUAAAAAAACUGACACCCCGAUUUACGCUUUGUCCAAAUGGUUACUAUUUUGCCAUUGAUCCUAAUGGGUAUGUGCUCCUGCAUCCAAAUCUCCAGCCAAAGCAAAUUGGUGUGGGCAUACCCAAAGUUAAAUUGAGAAAAAGGAGACCCAAUGUACAGAAUCCUAAAUCCCAGGAGCCUGUUACACUGGAUUUUCUAGAUGCUGAAUUGGAAAAUGAUAUUAAAGUUGAGAUUCGGAAAAAAAUGAUAGAUGGAGAAAGUGGAGAAAAAACUUUUGAAACACUGGUCAAGUCCCAAGAUGAGAGGUAUAUUGAUAAAGGAAACAGAACAUAUACAUGGACUGCUGUGAAUGGCACUGAUUACAGCUUGGCAUUGGUGUUACCAUCAUACAGCUUUUACUAUAUUAAAGCCAAAAUAGAAGAACAAAUAACUCAAGCCAAAUGUAAGUACUGUGAAGUUUCAGAAACACUGAAGCUUGAACAUUUUGAUGAAGCUGGCUAUACGUUUAUAGCACCAAGAGAAUACUGUAAUGAUGUAAAAAAAACAGAAAACAACACUGAAUUUCUAUUAAAUUUCAAUGAAUUUAUAGACAGAAAUACUCCAGGCAGUUCAUCAUGUAAUACCGAUAUGGUCAUUAGAGUUUUGCUGGAUGCAGGAUUUACAGAUGAACUUGCCCGAAAUUAUUGGAGUAAACUGUCUCUUGAUGGAGUUGUUGCACAAUUUGUUGUUACAGAUGGUGGAAUUACUAGAGUAUUCCCCAAAAGGGCAGGAGAAGAUUGGUUGGAAAAUGCUGAAACUUAUGAAGUCAGCUUCUAUAAAAGGAGUUUAGAUAAUAACAACUAUAUUUUCACAGCUCCAUAUUACAACAAAAGUGGUGCCAAUAGCUAUGAAUCAGGUAUUAUGGUAAGCAAGGCUGUGGAAAUAGACAUUAAUGGAAAACAUCUGAAGCCAGCAGUUGUUGGAAUAAAAAUUGAUGCAACCAGAUGGAUGGAAAAUUUCACAAAAACCACAAUCAAGAGCCUGUGCAACAGUGAAAUCUGUGGAUGUGAGAGAAAUAGCAUGCAUGUGGACUGUGUUAUCCUUGACGAUGGUGGAUUUCUUUUGAUGUCAAAUCGAGAUGAAUAUACACAACAGAUUGGAAGAUUCUUUGGUGAGAUUGAUCCUGGCCUGAUGCGAAACCUGAUUAACAUGUCCCUGUAUGCCUUCAACAAGUCAUAUGACUAUCAAUCAGUCUGUGAUCCUGAAGAAGAACCAAAGCAAGGAGCUGGACUUCGUUCUGCUUAUGUGCCUACGAUAACAGAUAUUUUACAACUAGGAUGGUGGGCUUCAGCAGCUGCCUGGUCUAUCUUACAGCAGCUGUUUUUGAGCUUGACUUUUCCACGGUUCCUUGAAGCAGCUGAUAUGGAAGAUGAUGAUUUCAGUGCUGCUCUGCCUAAAACAAGCUGCAUCACUGAGCAAACUCAGUAUUUCUUCGAAAAUGAUGAUAAAUCCUUUGGUGGGAUUGUAGACUGUAUAAACUGCUCCAGACUUUAUCAUGCAGAGAAGAUUUCAAACACCAAUCUAGUAUUCAUUAUUAGUGACAGCCAACUGCUGUGCCGCUCCUGUGACCCAAAGCCACUGAUGCAAGCAGAGAAGCCGGAUGAGGGGCCAAAUCCUUGUGAAAUGGUCAAACAACCUCGAUACAGAAAGGGUCCCGAUGUCUGUUUUGAUGAAGCCAAACAGGAUCAGCCUAUAUGCACAACGAGUCGUGCCUCUGCCAUGACGUCCGCUCCUAUCUUCAUUUUUCUGCAAGUUUUCAUGUGGUGUGGAUGGAAGAUUCGGCUGACUGUGGUGGUGCCUCUGGUCUGAGUCCAUCACUGUGGUCCAUGGUAGGAAUUCAGCUGGUCCUGCUUUGGCUGUUAUCUGGCAGCAGACACUGCCAGUUAUGACCUUGCUAAACCAAAAGCUGCAUAACUUAAUCAAGACCCGGCCAAAACGAUAGCCUCAGUUUCAUUUUAGAAGGGGUCAGCUACUCAGACAGCAGCAGAACAGCAGCGCUCGUGUCUGGUGAUCAGUCGUUGUGAGAUUCAUAAAGGCGCCCACGGUGGCUGCAUGUUGGAGUGUCGGAUCCUUAAACGUGUGUGAAUGCUGCAUCAUCUAUGCCAUCCGAGCAGACUUCUGUAUGUGCUCCAUUGGGGAAAUCUAAAUUCUUUUCUGUUUGUUUGUUUGUUGUUGUAAUCUUGAUGACUUCAUGUAAAAGGGCUCCCCUAACAAUGGCUUACGUUUAUGAUUUUCAUUUCUUUUAAGCUUUGGAUAUCUUGAAGAUUUAUAUUCUUUUACAUGAACAGUUAUUUAAAAACAGAAAAAAAAAAAAAAAGAAAAAGAAGAAAAAAACCCAAAUGUUGUCCCCAGUAUAUGUUACUAGCACCAUGAUGGCUGCUUUGAACAUCAGUUUUGUCCAAACUAGUUGAGUAAAAUGAAAAUAUUGGCCAAUUUUCAUUAGAAGUUCAGCAUGAUUGAAAUGUUUCAUGAUGAGUGGUUUAUUCUUCCGAAAUGAAUCAUGCAGCCAGCUAAGUUUUGGUAGGUUGAUAAAUUGUAUGUAGGAAAGAAAGAAGGAAAGGAAGAAGAAAGCAAGAAGAAAGGAAGAAAAGGAGAAAGCUACUGUGUUUCAAAAUACAAAGGUGCUGGAGAGUUUAACUAAAAAGUUAUUUUCAUCUUAAACUUGGUGUCAUCUUCUGUCAGAAAAAAUGUUAAUUUCAACGUAACAUUCACCUCCUUUUUACAAUGCAGUUACAUAUAAAGCUAGUAGAAUCAUUCAAAGGCUGAAACAAAAAUGCUUGUGAAUAAAAAAUGUCUUUGUGAUAUUUGAACGUUGGUUUCCAAGGGUAUUUUGCAUGAUGAUGAUGCUAUGUUAUUGUUUUCAGUUUGUUUUCUUUGAUGGUAGAGUAUAGUUCAUUGAAAAGGUAACUGAGUGAUUCUUUUAUUGUGUGAGAAACUGAACAUUGCAAUGUGUUGCAAUCAAAUCAUAUUAAAUUAUAUUAUGAAACAGAGCUCUGAAUAUACUGUGCAAUGAAAAAGCUGAGAAAAUAGGGUAAAUAUAGCUAUUGUAACAAAAGGGUUGAGUUGGAUUUUUUACAGAAUAGUGAUCUCACAUGAAAAUCUGUGUACAGAUAUUUUAAGUAUAUAAAAAUGAGAUUUAACGCAUUUAUUUUUGGAAGUAUAUGUUCUCUAAAGUUCAUAUCAAGUUCCCCCUUUGUUUCCUUCAUAUAUAACCACCCCUAAUAUUAAAACUUCUGCUGUUGCUAUUUAUUAUUGAAAAUAGCAUAUUUAACAGCAAAAUGUCCUGGUUGCUGUGAUUAGAAAAAAUAUAAACAAAAGGGGAGCCUUGAAUCUAUAUGUAUGCACAUUGAUACUUGAUUGUGAAUAAUAACUUUAGAAGUUGUUUUUAUACAACCUCAUUGGUGAUACAGGUUGGUGCAGUAAAUUACAAUAUUACAGUGUAGCAUAGUGUUGAUGCAAAAUAUGAUUUGCGCUUUUUUUUUUCUAAGUUUUCAAAACUAAACAGUAUUGCAAGACAGCUAAACCAAUGAAUGUGCAACUCUGCUGGUAUUGUACAGUUCUGCUAACAACUGCAAUAUGCAAAUAUUAACAUGGCACAAUACACUAGCUCUUUAAAAAAAUUAUAGAAUGCAAAGCAUUGGUAUGUAUAUGCUGGCAAUUGAUUGAUAUAAUUUUGAUCAUGCCAAAAGCUUAAAAAAAUGAUUGGACAUGCAUUAAUAUCCUAUGAAAACUGAAGAAACUCCUCAAAGCCAUGGCAUGGCUUGAAAGAUCAGACAUCUACUGUACUUGUACUCAUGGCUGGUUCAUUGUUUCUCAUGUACCUUGGCUCCAGCUAUGUAUUUUCUCAUGUUUGAGAACACAGUGAGUGAGGAAAAAUAAAUCCUGACCUUUUAUUCAGUGAUCAAAUUUAAAUUUUAAAAAAAAAUAUCUCUAAUAAUGUCAUGGAUGACUUCAGGUCCUCCUCAGGGAAGGUGAGCUAAUGUUGAUAAUAUGGGUGAAGAUGAACUUGAAGCUCUUCUUUUCUGUCAUACUGCUGUACUUCUCUUCACCCUGUCACCAGUUACCACCUGAUACAAAAAUUGGUUUAAGUGUUUUUAAUGCCAAGACUGCAUCCUGUAUUUUUCCUUGACGUGAUCAAUUCACAUUUUAUGGGAAGAACAAGUUUUGUAGGAAUAGGCCAAUACUUACUGCAUUCAUAGCUUUUACUCCAAGGUUAGAUAAAAUACACAUUUGUUUGCAUUUUACUCUUUUUAAUUCUUGAAAGAUUGUUGGUAUAUUAAGUUCUCUAUAGUUUUCAUUUAGCUUCCCAAAAGAAACCCUUCAUGGACAAGUUACACUAUUUAACACUGGCAAGGGUUGUGCUGGCAAGGCAUAUUUGCAGUUACUUAUUAAACUUUUUAUUAAAAUCUGUAGGCAUAAAAAGAGAAGGCACAAAGUCAUGGUGCCACAGAAAACGUCUGUGGGUCUUGGUCUCAACCCACUUCCCUUAAAUUACUCAAAUGCAAAAGGAGGGAGAAGCUCCUGCCAUGCAGACACAUAGCCCUCUUGGGUGAUCCAAAGAGGAAAAUGUCCUUUGUUCCUCUCCUCUGCCCCUCUAUAUGACCUGGAGAAUAAUGUUUCUUAUAAACAAUUAGCCUUCCAGUCACAAUACCCAUCUGAUUAAAAAUUCAGGAUCUGGCUCUCUGUCCCCCUAAAACUCAAUACUUUAAAAAAUAUUAUUUUAAAUACUUUAAAAUUUUAUAUUAGAAUAUCUAAGUGAUGGUCAAGAUUUUUUUUAAAUACACUACCCUGAUAUCUGCAAAUUGCAAAACACAGAUGGAAAAUGCAAUGUGAAUUUUGGCUAUCACAAAAUGUGAACACCAGUCGAUACAAAUAACUCACAUAAAUAAAUACGAAUUCUCAUGCAGAAGGGUGUCCUUACCCUUACAUAACGCAUCAUAACUGUCUUCUCUUGUCUUCGAAAGAAGAAACUUGAUCUUAGGCUUAAAAUUGAGAUAUUUUCAAAUUACAACAUAUUGUAAAAAAUUGUAAGCCAGAUAAAAAGCUCUGUUGAUAUUUGCUCAAGUCCUUUAAAUAGCAUUAAGGGAACUGUUGAGAUUGGUUCAGUUUACACAGAAGUCAUGCAGCAUAUUGUAUGUCUGACAAAUAACCACCAUUAAAGUUGUUACAGUAUGGUACUGUGCAAAAUGUGAUUUGAGGACUUAACAUGAAAGGUUUCUUUUUAGUUUUUCAUUUAAACAACCAGCAUUACUGCCAAAACACUGACCGUGGUCCAUAUUUGUAACAGGUUUUUAACAUAACAUAGCAGGUUUGAUUGACAAGAUUUUUAGGUCCUGUACCUUUAAGAUUUUAGUAUGAUCUUUUUCAUGUUUCUAAUGCUUGAGGCUUUACUGCUUAACUUGACAAAAACAACAAUGUUGCUGCCAUUUGUAAGUUUUCCUACAAUAUUCCUUUUACUAACUUAAAAACUGGCCUUACUGGUUUCAAACAGGCAGUAUCCCUUUUAAGUGACCUUUACAACCCAAGUGUUACUUGCUGUGGUUGAGAGUGUUUUGGUGUCACUGAAGAGACAUUAAGACCUUUUGUUCUCAUUAACACAUAAGCUCAGAAAACUUGCUUAGUAAGAAUUCCAAAACACCACCUCAGUCCCAUUGAACCUUAAAAUUCGGAACACUGGUUAUUAAGAAAUAUAUUAAUGCCUACAAGGCACUGCAAUGCACUCUGGUGUUUUUGGAAUGUCAACUGAACGUGAAAUCUUAAUAACUCCUUCCUUAGGAUAAAUUUUACCCUAUCUUCAUCAGACAUUCAAGCCUUUAGAAAAGGCCAGAUUUAUUAUUAUUUUGUUCAUACCACAAUGUUAAUAUUGUUAAUACUCAUUGUACACUAUUGUAAAAUAUUAAAACAAAGUGUCUGAAAACAGUUCAAGAGUUUUGAAAAGUUAGCCUCACCCUCUUCCCAGCUACUUGCAUCUGUCCUGUUUAUGAUUUAAAAGGAAAACAUCAUCUUGAAGAUAUAUUUCACUGAGGCUAAAGGGAUACUGUCUUGUUCAGAUGCCAUGAAAUUGCGAUUGUGAUCUGACAAAGCUGUCUUCUCUUCUUGUGUUGUAUGGAAUGUCUGGAUCAUGCUUUCUGGGAUAUUUUUAUUGAAAUGCUCAGUGUGCGUUUCUGCAGAAAAAGACUUGGUUGCUCUUACAAGGCAAGCAGGUCUUUCUCCCUUUUCUUGUGUUCUCUUGACACUUUUGUGGAACUUGACAAGCCUGGAAAAAUAAUUUUUUGUAAAAAUUUGUACAAUAAUGAUAUAAAAAGUUUAUAAUCCUAGAACCGUUGUGUUAAUUAUUGUGCAAAACCAGUAUAUUCAGAAUAAAAGUUUAUCAUUUAAAAUCAA